AUGGCGAGCAAUUACAUAACAACCAUAUCAAGAAAAUAUCCCUCCUUCCGAGAUGAUCCCUUAAAAACGGUUCAUCGAUGGUUGGAGGGCAAGCGGCAGGACGAUGGUGCCGAGGGUCUGUGGCGCAUUCACGACACCCUGUACGACUUUACGGACUUUAUCGAGCGUCAUCCCGGUGGCCCUGAAUGGUUGCGCCUGACAAAGGGGACGGACAUUACGGAGGCGUUCGAAACGCACCACAUUACAGUGCGCGCAGAUGGUCUGCUGCCGAAGUACAAAGUGCGCGAGGCCACCCAGCCGAGAGCAGUCCGUUUAACGUUCCGUGACGAUGGGUUUUACCGGACACUGAAACGUCGUGUUCGCGACAAGCUGAAGGAUAUCGAUUACGGGCCAGCGGAACGAUCGAAACUGAUCAUCGAUUCGAUGCUGGCGGCAAUGUUCGGGCUGGCGUUUCUCGCCAUUCGCCUGAACAGCUACGCGGUCGCGAUGGCGUCGGGACUAUUCGUUUGCUGGACAAUGAUUAGCGCGCAUAAUUUCUUCCACCAGCGGGACAAUUGGCGUAUGAUGACGUUUAAUUUGGCCUUUUCGAGCUAUCGUGAAUGGCGUGUGUCACACGCGAUGUCUCAUCAUAAUUUCCCCAACUCGAUACUAGACCUGGAGAUAUCUUACUUUGAGCCUUUCCUCUGCUGGUUACCGAACCCAUCGAUUAAGAACUCGGUAAAAAGCUACGCAUCCUGGGUGUACGGACCGAUGGUGUAUUCGCUGCUGUUCUAUGGCGAAUUUAUAAAACGCGUGCAGGAGACGUUCCAAACGGGAAAGAACACAUUCUUCCUAGACGAUCUCGUAACGCUGAUACUUCCGACGUUUAUGUAUGUGGCCGGAGCUACCAGCCUGUGGGAAGUGGUAAAGAUGUGGCUGUUUAUCGUGUUGGUGGCAAGCUUCCUGUUUGGUUUGAUCGGACUGAAUGCGGCUCAUCAUCACCCGAAGGCGGUACACGACGGAGAUCAAAUACCGGCUGACAUCGAUUUUGCCGUCUAUCAAAUGGCCGCGGUUAUAGAUCGAUCAGACACGAAAGGAUCGCAGUUCAUGGUGCUGACAAGCUUCGGUGAUCACUGUCUGCAUCAUCUCUUCCCAACGCUAGAUCACGGAAUACUUCCACAGCUGUAUCCAGUGUUCUUCGAAACGUGCCGCGAGUUUGAAACCGUCUAUCGGGAACUGCCUUGGCUGCAGCAGAUCAUCGGUCAGCAUAAGCAGCUUGCUCGUGUAGAAACGAUGACUUACGAACCGUCGAAGAAGUUUGCUUAA